AUGGUGAUCGAAGAUGAAUCUAGACAGUGUCCUGAUAUAGGCGCAAUAAUUGAUAAGAAUGAACCAGUAGCUAUGCAGGUUGGUCGUAGUGGAAGUAAUCCAGGUGCUCGAUGCCCUUCUAGUUGUGACUUGCAGGAUGCUUUUGCUAGAAAGGGACCAUUCUUCACAGAGGAACAAUACAAGCAGAUUUUAGCAUUGUUGAAUAAGGAACCAACUGACAAUCAACACAACACGGAUAAUCAAAGCAAUAUGGCAGGUGCCAUACAUCACAUAGCUGCAUCUAUGGAUUUAUUAACAAAUGAUAACACUAGGACGGAAUCUAAGGACACAGUACAUUUGCCUACUGGAGAUAAGAUCCUUGUUUCUCAUACAGGCCAUGCAUAUUUAUUUGGUAUCGAGGUUAUAAAAGGAUCUUUACAGUGGCAGGUGAAGGGGAUUAGUAGGGAGACAGGCGAUUUGUACAUUGUCAAAGGUAGCAGUAAUAACAGUAAUAGAGAUUGCAAUGUAGCAGCAACAUCGCAUAUACCUGAUGACAGGUUGCCCUCCUCAGCUAUUAAAGGGAAAAGUCCUUAUGAGAUGCUAUAUGCAAAGCCUCCAUCCUUAACUCACCUGAGAGUGAUAGGGUGCUUGUGUUUCGCUUCAGUUGUUCCCAAAGGAGAUAAGUUCGCUGCAAGAGCAAAGGAGUCUGUGUUCCCUUUUGCAAAACAACAGGAGAUUUCCAUUAGUCACAACCCUCCUAUUGACAACUUGGGUUCUGGCAUAUUUGAUGUUGGAGUGCCAUCUAUAGGUGUUGCAGACAGUUCACAAGACAUAUGUCAAGGUUCAGAUGUGGAUCAAGGUUUAGCUAUACUUACAACUGACAAUAUAGUUAAAGGCAAUACAGAAAGAGACAAUGAGUUGCAGGAAAGCUCACCAUCAGAAAAGAUCACUCCAGUCAUACAGGAAGAUGAACCUCAUGCUCUUAAUCAAGACGUGACUACUGAUGCUGCACAUAUUCCACUGAGAAAAUCCUCCAGGACCUCCAUACAGCCUAUUUGGCUAAGAGACUAUGUUACAACACAGAAAGGAACCAGUAAAUAUCACAUCACCAACUACAUAUCCUAUGACAAAGUCACACCAAAGUACCAAAGCUAUUUGGCCAAGUUCUCUAUAUUUGUUGAGCCCGGAUCUUUCAAACAAGCUGCCAAAGAUGCUAGAUGGAUUGAGAUAGAUGUCUAUAAUGCCUUUUUGCAAGGUGAUCUUUAUGAAGAGCUUUACAUGGAUAUUCCUGAAAGUUUUAGGAGGAGCAAUGAUCAGCUGAUUGCUGAGGCAAAGGAGAUACUCCAUCAGCAGUUCAAGCUAAAAGACUUAGGUGAACUCAAGUACUUCUUGGGCAUUGAAAUCUUAAGGUCAACAACUGGGGUAGUUUUGAAUCAAAGGAAGUAUGUGCGAGAAUUCAUUUCUGAAAUGAGACUAAGUGGUGCCAAGCUAGCAAUCACCCCUUUGGAGACCAAUAUCAAGUUAACUACAAUUGCAUAUGAUCAGCCAACAGGUUCUGCAAACGAUUCGCCUUUAGAAGAUCACCCUAAGAAGUCCCACUGGGAGGCUGCUCUUAAGGUGGUUAGUUACCUGAAGAGUGCUCCUAGCCAAGCUUGCCCCAAUACUAGGAGAUCAAUAACAGGUUAUGUGGUAAAAUUUGGUGACUCUCUCAUUUCAUGGAAGUCAAUGAAGCAACAACCAGUUUCCAAAAGUUCAGCUGAAGCUGAAUAUCGUAGCAGGGCUUCAGCUGUAGCAGAAGUCACUUGGUUGCUUGUUCUGUUUCAAGAGCCGGGAGUUCUCAUCAAGCUUCCUGUUCUUGUGCAAUGUGACAGCAAAUCCGCUAUACAAUUGGCUGCUAAUCCUAUUUUUCACGAAUGA